AUGAUCAUCCGCAGUUCUGUUGGCCUUUGCAUCUUCUGCAUGGCCUCCGGCCACUCUGGCCACACGCAGCACCCAUCUUCGCUGCACAAGCAGGCGAUGACGGUGGAUCCGGACGGAGAUCUGAGCACCGGGCCGGUGAAGCAGCUGAUGAGGAACGAGAUCCCCGAUGCCUCGAGCUUGUCAGAAAUCGAAAACGGCCAGGCGCGAGCAGCGCAGGAAGCAGGGAUGCUCGAGGCAGAAGCGAUUCCAAUCAAUGCGGCGGACCUUGCGUACCGGGCCAUGGACUUGGCCAUGGGCACCACCGGGAUGUCAGACGAGGACUAUCCUUUCGCGUGCCUUUGCAACGCAGAAGGCAUGUGCGAGGGCGACCCGGCCUCGACGAGUUGCAAAAUGCGAUCAGGGCAGCCCAAUGCCGCAUCGGGUAUGCCGUGGCUACAGGCUGUGGUGGUUCCUCUCCUCAUGCUCCUGUUCCAGCUGCCGAGGGAGUGA